GCAUCGGGGACCAGUCACCUACCGCCGGCACGUUGCCCCCACCAGGUACUCCUCCUUCUUCUUCUUCUUCUUCUUCUUCUUUUUUCUUUGCCUUCUCCUUUCUUCCUGCAGGUGGGCGACUUUUUUUUUUUUUUAAGAAACGCGUGUCCGGCGAAGGAAACGCGUUUCCGAUUUCAAUGAAUUACGGAAACGGCCCGGAGACGUUUCCUCGCCGUGUCCUAACGUUUCCGGCAAGGAAACGUUUCCAGAACGGGGAAACGCUCCCACCUCCCGUUUCCGUGUAUCCUAGAUUGACAAUAAUGGCAACACGAUACUGCACACUGUCGCCUUGAAAAGAAAAGAUUUUGUAGCUGAGAAGGUGGAAGGCCCUGCGUUGCUAUUGCAAGAGGAGUUAUUAUGGUUUGAGAGGGUGCAAGAAAUCACUCCAUCCCACUUCAUGUAUCAUCAAAACAAUAUGAAACUCCCUGCGGAUGAGUUUUUCAACACUGUAAAUUCAGAACUUCGAAGUGCAGGUAAAGAAUGGCUAAAAAGCACUGCAGAAGGAUGCUCUGUUGUGGCAGUUCUCAUCGCUACUGUUGCAUUUGCUGCGGCCUACACAGUACCAGGCGGUAAUCAAAGCAGUACUGGCCUUCCAGUCCUCCUGAAUCAACCAUUGUUUGUGGUUUUCACGGUCACAGACGUACUCUCUUUGAAUUUUGCAUUGACAGCGGUUGUAACGUUUCUCUCAAUUCUUUCAUCACCUUUCAGAUUUGAGGACUUCAAACAGUCGCUUCCUAGCAAGUUGAUGCUAGGCUUCACAUUUUUGUUUUUAUCUGUGGCCAUGAUGAUGAUAUCGUUUGGAGCAACAAUCUUCCUUAUGAUUCACACCAAGGAAAGCUGGACUAAAAUCACUCUAUAUGCACUUUCCUUUAUUCCAGUAGGCAUCUUUGCCCUGUCUUAUUUCCCCCUUUAUUCAUCACUGACAAAAACUUACAAGUACUUGCUUAGAAAGGCAAGGCAGGUAGCUCCCUUGAGCACAUGCAUGCUACCAGCAGAUCACAACAGCCCCAUGGCAAAAUCACAUACUUCAAUUUUAUUUGUCUGAUACUUGCUUGUGUGGAGUACUACAACAAAUUACACACUCAAUCGAAUAAAGGGGUAGAUCAAAUAGUCCAAAGAGAGUGGGUGCACAUUUGAAUUUGGACAAAAAGACCUACUAUUUCUUGGUAAACCAAAAAUAAAAUGCUUAUGUUAUGUAUUGUUAUAGGAAAUCAUUUUUCUUCAAGUGUUGUGAGGAUGUUCAAUGAAUUGAUUUAAUGUGUUACAACUUUAGUUGCUACACUUGAGGAUUAAGUUGUUCAAAUUUCCACUAUGUAUGGU